AUGCGCUCGCCGCUGAUCAUCUGGCUGCACGGCCUCGGCGACACGGGCCGGGGCUGGAGCCACCUCAAGCACGAGCUCCGGCUGCCGCAGGCCGUGCGGUACGCCUUCCCGGACGCGCCCGAGUCACCCGUUACGUGCAAUGGCGGUUACGUUAUGACUUCGUGGAUGGACCUCGAGACGAUCCCGAUCGGCAACGGGCUUCCCGACGACGCCAAGGGCCUCGCGGACUCGACGCAGAUCAUCCACGCCCUCAUCGACGCCGAGGUUGCCAAGGGCACCGCGUCAGAGGACAUCGUGCUCGGCGGCUUCUCGCAGGGCGGCGCAAUGGCGCUGCUCGCGGGUUACUCGUACGCCAAGCGGCUGGCCGGUGUCGCGUGCCUGUCGGGCUGG